CCUAUUGCAGACAGUGUACAGUGUUGUGGCCUAUGAGCGACAGGGAGGAAACUAGAGAGGACGACCGGAUCCUGCAAUCAGCGGGACGCCCGAUAGCCCACUUGGCAUUAGGACCAGAGGGCGACAGACACCUCUUCCGCCAGCAGAGGGAGAGACAGCAGCAGCAGCGGAGGGCUAGGGCCGCAGAGGCAAGCAGGGCAUUCGCGAGCGAGGCCGCUACCUCAGCAGCCAUGGCAUCUGCCACGCAGCAAAGCUCUCAAGCUAGUAAUUCAGGUUUUGUAGGGUCGACGGUCGCACAGACCAUGAGUCAGUCCACUAGCGUUAUGGCAAGCCAGCCGAUAGUUUUGACCCCCGAGGAGGUCGCCAUACAGCGAGCAGCUAUUCGCGAGGCACAGCUACAGCAGGCGUUAGGAGAGAUUAAGGCAGAGAAAGAGAAGAUGAUUAGAAGAAGAGCCAGGAUGCAGCGGAGACAAGCGGACGUCAAUGAGUUAGAGGGCAUGGAUCUGACGCACAUGGAUGCAGAUGUGAGGACGUUGCGGACAGUUCUGCUAGGUGUAGUAGAAAUGCAGGACCACCACACGGCCCUCCUUCAGGACAUCCAGCAGAGUCUGGCCCUGUUGGUCGGGCGAGUGCAGGCAGCUCCAUCGCCGUCCGCGCCUGGUGCCUGGCCCGUUGUACAGCCUCCACCUUUUGUCCCACCGAUGACUGGGGUAUCCCCAUAUGUCACUCCAGCAUCGACCCAAGCCGCUUCCCUAGGCAUGCCGUUGACAGGAGGGUUCUCAGCAGGUCCUAGUGUACAGGUUCCUGUACCGACAAUGUUUUCCCAACCUCCGUUGCAGGUUGUCGUAAGCGGGCAGCCUGUUGUCUCGCAGCCUGCACAGCCACAGGGUACACAGCCCCAGCAUCAGCUAGUGCAGCAGCCUGCGCCUCAAGGUCCACAGCCCGGAAUGGUGCAGGUACCAGGACAAACUCUGUGGGUUCCAAAGACUUCCAUCGCCUCUCCCAAACCUUUUUCGGGGGACAAGAGGGGUGAAGACCUUGACACAUGGUUGAGGCCUGGUGAAAGCCUGUCCAUGGAUUUCAUGGAUACGCUAGUCACCAGCAAGAGUGGCAUGAGGUACAUCUACGUCAUCGUGGAUAGAUUUACUGGAGACAAAACCAGGGGAGGUAGGAGUGGUGAAGACAGGGGUGGUAGAGUUGUCGGAAGGUGGGUAACAGACGGCGAUAAAACCAGGGGAAAUAUAGGCGGUGAAGACGGGGGGGAUGAAGUCAGGGGUGGUGAAGUGGCUGAAGCAGAGACAGGGGGGGCAAUCAUAGGUGAGACCCGAAGAGGGGACUCUGCAGGUGGUAAUGCAGGCAUGGUCAUGGAUGCCAUGGAGGAACGCACCAAGACCAAGGGCGACAAAGCAGCUGCGGUGGUCACGAAUGCCAUGGAGGAACACACCGAGACCAAGGGCGACACAACGGCUGCGGUGGCACCGGAUGCCAUGGAGGAACACACCGAGACCAAGGGCGACACAACAGCUGCGGGUCGAGUUGCUCCCGCGAAAUCAAUCGUAGAAGCAACCAAGGCCGAUGAGGAAGAGGCUGCUAACCGAAAAAGGGCAGCCAGGGUCACAAACGGCAUGGAAGGGGUUACUAAGACUGAUGAGGACGAAGGUGCGGUAGACGCAGGUAAUGGAGAAGAGGCUGUGAUAGGUGUGACAGCCGCCGAUAAUGAAGAAGGGGUUGUGACAGGCAUAGUCCGAGGACAGUGUGUGGAUACCCGAGAAAGCGGGUGAUGAAUAGACCAUUGAAGCAUGUUGCGGAACCAGUUGGAGAGGCGGGUCACGUGCGCAGGGUACCUGUGUUGACGUUUACGAAUAUAGGAAG